CACCAGCUAGGUGGCGCUGUCCUUGGAGGUUCUAUAUCACAGCCCUUUAGAGAUCGGUGGUGCUGAAGGGCAGGGAUCUUAUUCCACCUUCUGAAGCUUCUGUCGAACCAGUUGUUAAGGAGAAUGGAGACAGCCGUGAGAGUGGAGUCCGGGGUCCUGGUCGGGGUGGUCUGUCUGCUCCUGGCAUGCCCUGCCACAGCCACUGGGCCCGAAGUUGCUCAGCCUGAAGUAGACACCACCCUGGGUCGUGUGCAAGGCCGGCAGGUGGGCGUGAAGGGCACAGACCGCCUUGUGAAUGUCUUUCUGGGCAUUCCAUUUGCGCAGCCGCCACUGGGGCCUAACCGGUUCUCAGGCCCACGCCCAGCACAGCCCUGGGAGGGUGUGCGGGAUGCCAGCACUGCGCCCCCAGUGUGCCUACAAGACGUGGAGAGCAUGAACAACAGCAGAUUUGUCCUCAACGGAAAACAGCAGAUCUUCUCCGCUUCAGAGGACUGCCUGGUCCUCAACAUCUAUAGCCCAGCUGAGGCCCCCGCAGGGGCCGGUAGGCACCCCAGAGGGCCCUGUCCACCUGAUCCAGUCAUGGUAUGGGUCCAUGGAGGCGCUCUGAUAACUGGCACUGCCACCUCCUAUGAUGGAUCAGCCCUGGCUGCCUAUGGGGAUGUGGUCGUGGUUACAGUCCAGUACCGCCUUGGGGUCCUUGGCUUCUUCAGCACUGGAGAUGAGCAUGCACCUGGCAACCAGGGCUUCCUAGAUGUGGUAGCUGCUUUGCGCUGGGUGCAAGGAAACAUCACCCCCUUUGGGGGUGACCUCAACUGUGUCACCGUCUUUGGUGGAUCUGCCGGUGGAAGCAUCGUCUCUGGCCUGAUCCUGUCCCCAGUGGCUGCAGGGCUGUUCCACAGAGCCAUCACACAGAGUGGGGUCAUCACCACCCCAGGGAUCAUCGAGUCUCACCCCUGGCCCCUAGCUCAGGUCUGCAUUUCCUUCCCUCUGUUACUGUAUGUGUGCCUCCCAUACCCCACUGUGUGCUGGCCCUGGGGUCUCAGAGUAGUGGGGGUUGCCGGCAGGGAGCUCCCUGUUAGCAAAGAGGAGCCCAAUAAGAUGAAAGAGCAUCAGAGGAAACAACUGCUGCAUUCCAGCAUGUUGGCAGUCAGGGAGGGCUUCCUGAAGGAGGCCACCCUGAAGCAUAUCAUCGUUGGUCCUUUCUCCAGGGUGGGGGAGCACCCCUCUCUGCCCCAGGCAGCAUGGUGGAGGGGGUCUCCAUUGCCAGCCACCUGCUGCCUGAGAGCUCUCCAUUCAGGCUCCAGAUCCCCACCCUACAUCCUCAUUGUAAGGCCUUGCGAAGAAAAUCCAGGGGAAGCCACAGUGGGAACUGCAUCUGCAAAGGCUGUAGAUGUGGGAGAGAGUGACAGGUCCUGCAGCAGCAAGCUCGCAGAGGGCAGGAAGAAUUUGGGCAAUGACAAGGUUGAGCUACUUGGAGUAGAAGGUGGGUUGGAGGGAGCCGUCCUGAAGAUCAAGAGGCCAAAAAUCGCAAACACCUUGGCCUGCAGCUCCAGCUCCCCGGCUGAGAUGGUGCAGUGCCUUCGGCAGAAGGAGGGAGAAGAGCUGGUCCUUAGCAAGAAGCUGAAAAUUACUAUCUAUCCUCUCACCGUUGAUGGCACUGUCUUCCCCAAAAGCCCCAAGGAACUCCUGAAGGAGAAGCCCUUCCACUCUGUGCCCUUCCUCAUGGGUGUCAACAACCAUGAGUUCAGCUGGCUCAUCCCCAGGCAUAUUCCUGCUUUGGCGUCUGGUUUAUACAUCAGGCUCUAUGAGACUGAUUCUGGAAGCCCUGUCUUUUUCUAUGAGUUCCAGCAUCGACCCGGUUCUUUUGCGAAGAUCAAACCCGCCUGGGUGAAGGCUGAUCAUGGGGCCGAGGGUGCUUUUGUGUUCGGAGGUCCCUUCCUCAUGGACGAGAGCUCCCGCCUGGCCUUUCCAGAGGCCACAGAGGAGGAGAAGCAGCUAAGCCUCACCAUGAUGGCCCAGUAGACCCACUUUGCCCAGACAGGGGACCCCAAUAGCAAGGCUCUGCCUCCUUGGCCCCGAUUCAACCAGGCGGAACAAUAUCUGGAGGUCAACCCAGUGCCACGGGCCGGACAGAAGUUCAGGGAGGCCUGGAUGCAGUUCUGGUCAGAGAUGCUCCCCAGCAAGAUACAACAGUGGCACCAGAAAUAGAAGAACAGGAAGGCCCAGGAGGACCUCUGAGGCCAGGCCUGAACCUUCUUGGCUGGGGCAAACCACUCUUCAAGUGGUGGCAGAGUCCCAGCAGGGCAGCCCGCCUCUCCCCCUGCUGAGACUUUAAUCUCAACCAGCCCCACAUGGAGUCAUGUUCCUUAAAGCAUCGGCCGCUCUGUGACUGGACUUAUGCUCUUUUGAAAUGUCAUAAGGCUGCCUCCCACCUCUGGGCCAUUGUACAAGUUCUUCCCUCUCCCUGAAGUGCCUUUCCUGCUUUCGUCGUGGUAGGUUCUAGCACAUUCCUCUAGCUUCCUGGAGGACUCACUCCCCCAGGAAGACUUCCCUGCUUUCUCUGGGCUGUGCAGCCCCGAGUCUGCGUCCAUUAGAGCACAGUCCACCCGAGGCUAGCACUGUGUCUGUGUCUGUCUCCCCCUCAGAGGAGCUCUCUGAAAGUGGGGAUUAGCCUACCCCCACUCUGUCACCCACACCAGGAUCGGGUGGGACCUGGAGCUGGGGGUGUUUGCUGAGUGAGUGAGUGAAACACAGAGUAUGGGAAUGGCAGCUGCUGAACUUGAACCCAGAGCCUUCAGGUGCCAAAGCCAUACUGAGGCCCCCACCGACAUUGUCCACCCUGGCCAGAAGGGUGCAUCCCAAUGGCAGAGACCUGGGAUGGGAGAAGUCCUGGGGCGCCAGGGGAUCCAGCCUAGACCAGACCUUAGCCCCUGACUAAGGCCUCGGACUAGGGCGGGAGGGGUCUCCUCCUCUCUGCUGCCCAGUCCUGGCCCCUGCACAAGACAACAGAAUCCAUCAGGGCCAUGAGUGUCACCCAGACCUGACCCUCACCAAUUCCAGCCCUGACCCUCAGGACGCUGGAUGCCAGCUCCCAGCCCCAAGUGCCAGGUCCUCCCUCCCUUCCUGGCUUGGGGAGACCAGUUUCUGGGGAGCUCAGCACAGCUCCAAGAGCACCCACCAAGACACAGCAGGACAGGCCAGAGGAGGACAUCUGGACAAGGGCAUCAGUCGGGCUAUUGUCACAGAGAAAAGAAGAGA